CCACCGCAGGAACCCGCUCCACGCCAGGUGACCAGCAGACAUGUCUCGCAAGCCGCCCCCAUGCAGGUUCCUCCUGGCCCCUGCGCCGCGCGGCACCCCAGGGCUCUUUCCGCUGCUAUUGACGUUGCUGCUGGCACUGCCGGUCCGGGCCGGGGCGGACUGUCCGUGUCAGGAUCCUUCACUGUGCCGUCCGAUCAGCCACUACCCCGACUUCGAGGUCUUUGUGUUUGAUGUUGGACAGAAAACUUGGAAAUCUUAUGAUUGGUCACAGAUUACAACUGUGGCAGUUUUUGGAAAAUAUGACUCAGAACUUAUGUGCUAUGCUCAUUCAAAAGGAGCGAGAGUAGUGCUAAAAGGAGAUGUGCCCUUGAAGGACAUCGUUGACCCUUCUUUUAGAGCAUCCUGGAUAGCUGAAAAACUUAAGUUGGCCAAAACACAAUAUAUGGAUGGAAUUAACAUAGACAUAGAGCAAGAAGUUAAUUAUUCAUCACCUGAAUAUGAUGCAUUAACUGCCUUAGUCAAAGAAACUACAGAUGCUUUCCAUCAUGAAAUUGAGGGAUCACAGGUAACCUUUGAUGUAGCUUGGUCUCCAAAGUGCAUAGACAAAAGGUGCUAUAAUUAUACUGGAAUUGCAGAUGCUUGUGACUUUCUCUUUGUGAUGUCUUAUGAUGAACAAAGUCAGAUCUGGUCAGAGUGUAUUGCAGCAGCCAAUGCUCCCUACAAUCAAACAUUAACUGGAUAUGAUGACUACAUCAAGUUGGGUAUUAACCCUAAGAAACUUGUUAUGGGUAUCCCCUGGUAUGGUUAUGAUUAUACCUGCCUGAAUCUAUCAGAGAAGGAUGUUUGUACCAUUGCAAAAAUCCCUUUCCGGGGUGCCUGUAGUGAUGCUGCUGGACGACAGGUGCCCUAUAAAGUGAUUAUGAAGCAAGUAAACGUUUCUGUUUCUGGAAGCCAGUGGGAUAAAGAUCAGCAGGCUCCUUAUUAUAACUAUAAAGAUCAUGCUGGCCAUUUUCAUCAAGUAUGGUAUGACAAUCCUGCGAGCAUUUCUUUAAAGGCAGCAUACAUCCUAAAUCAUGGCUUACUGGGCAUUGGCAUGUGGAAUGCAAAUUGUCUUGAUUACUCUGGAGAUGCUGAAGCCAAAGAGCAAACUGAAGAAAUGUGGAAAGUCUUAAAACCAAAGCUGUGACAAAGGUGA